AUGUCGGCCAGGAAACCAGCCGGAGCGCAAUCCUCCAAGCUCGGCAAGAAAGCCGCGCCGAGGCCAACGCCGAACUACCCGCCACCCGCCACCGAGAUCCAGAACCCACCAUCCGAUGUUUGUCCAGUGUGUAAAUCUGACAGGUACCUCAAUCCAGACCUCCGGCUGCUCGUCUCAAAAUGUUACCACAAGAUGUGCGAAUCGUGUAUCGAUCGGAUCUUCUCGCUGGGCCCGGAACCGUGUCCAAUUUGUGGACAAAUCCUCAGAAAGGCGAGUUUCGCACUCCAGACGUUCGAAAAUUUGGCCGUUGAAAAGGAAGUGGUUAUCCGUAAACGGAUCUCUAAAUACUUCAAUAAACGUCAGGAAGAUUUCAUGACCUUGGAUGCCUAUAAUAACUAUCUGGAAGAAGUAGAAGACAUCACCUUCAAUUUGAUCAAUGGAGUAGAUGUAGCGGAGACUGAGGCCAAGAUCAAGCAAUUUCAAAUCGAGAAUCAGGAGCUGAUAGCUCAGAAUGCUGUCCACGAAGCCCGUCAAGCUGAGCUGAGCAAACGACAAGAGGAAGCGGUCAGGAAGGAGCGCGAGGAGCGUAAGGCCGAGCUAUUGAGGCUCGAAGAAGAAGCGCGACGGGAAGAAGAAGAGAUCAAACGGGCAACGAUCCACAGUUUGGAGACCUCGAACGUAAGCGCCGAUAAGCUUGUGGCGAGACAACGGGCAGUUGCACAGAAGCGAGCGACCGCCCGCGCACUAGCCUCAGACCUAGCGACGAAGGCGACGGUGGCGAUGCCAUCGUUGAGCGGGUUGAUCGAUCCGAGCUCGAUGGAGGGUGCGGAUGUGAACCGGCCGGACAUCGAGGGGGAGCUCGGACAGUGGGACGACUAUUCGUCCAUGUUUGAUCUCAAGAGGCUCGACGCAAACCUCCAGCCGGGGUACAUCGAUCAUGAUUCGAUGAGACUCGUCUUGGCCGACCAUGCCCUGGCCUUGGUCGGCGGCUUCGAGAUCGAGUCCGUCUGGGAACGCCAGCUUCGUAGCGCGAUGAUGGGUCUCUUUGUCCCCCCGCCCGAAGCCGGCGCCAUCAACCAAACCACUUCCGACGACCUAUCUCUCCAUAACCUGAGAUGUUAA